GGCCAGAGUGUCUCGACAGCACACCAGAGAAAUCCAGGGACCUGACCCAAGAUGCUGAAUGUCUCCGGCCUCUUUGUUCUCCUCUGUGGGCUGCUUGUCUCAUCCUCUGCACAGGAGGUCCUGGCUGGAGUUUCUUCCCAGCUCCUUAAUGAUUUGACUCAAGGACUCCUCAGGGCAGACUUUCUUCCCAGCCUGCAGACAACUGGCCUCCAGAAACCAUUGAGUAGUGCCUUCGAUGGUGUAUCAGGCCUCCUGGACAUCUUUGGGCCUCCACUCACCAAUGAGAUCAACACUGUUAGCAUACAGGUGAAAAAUCCUCAACUCCUCCAAGUCUCCAUCGAGAGCACCCCUCAAAGAAAGGAGGCCACUGUACGAGUACCAUUCACGUCUGAGUUGAUUGUGCAGCUCCUGACCAUGAAGCCCUUCACAGCUAAUAUGCAGUCAGAUAUAAAAGUCCAGAUUCAUUUGGAGAAGAAUGUAGGUGGCAGAUAUGAGCUUGCCUUUGGGAACUGCAGGCUUUUGCCCGAGGCUAUUUGGAUCCAAACUGGAGUCCAACUCGCCCCAGCAGCAAAAUUUGUUGUGGCAAACAUAGAGAGAAACCUGAAAAACAUAGUAGCCCAUGAUCUGGGACGAAAAGUGUGCCCUGUGAUUAAUAAAUGGCUCUACAACCUGGACCAGCAUGUGGUUAAAGAGUUGAUUAAUCUGGUCCUGCUGCAGGAAAAGUACCAAGUCACCAUCUAAAUGUCCCCAAAGUGAAGAAGCUAUGUGUGUAUCAAUCCGAAUCAGCUUCUGCAUCCUAGUCUCCUCCCUGGAAUGUCCUCCACACUCCAGGACACCACCUGCGUAGAUCGUGUUGAUUAUUCAGCUGAUGCCUGGAAUUGCAUGACACACCCUGGACCAAAAGAUCCCCUGCUUCUCCGGGUAUGGAGGUUAUUUCCCUGUAAAUCCUCACCAGAACCCAUGUGCUGAUUCCCUGUAAUCUUCCCACAAUAAAUUUUUAGCAGCUCUGAACUGCAAACUGUCCAGCUUCCACAGCGCCAUGUGGAUGGGGGCAACGUAGCCAGAGAUGGUGGUGGGUCUGGUCAUGAUAACAAAAGUAUGAAAAGCAGGGGAGGAUACUUGGGUUGAUUUAUCCAUUAUCUCAUAAACAUCUGAACACUCUGGUAUGAUGUUUCCCAAAGGCUAAUUAAAAUUUUAAAAAGGU